UGGGAAGCAGAAGCGCACCGGGGCGGCUUUAUAAACGCGGCGGCACCGUCUUGAACCGACUUCAGCAUCUUUAAUUCCUCCGUUCUCGUCUUCCAAGUCUCCAGAAGCGCUCCGACAUGAACACCCACCGCGUCAACGACAUCGUGGAGGAGUUCCACUCUAACAACGGCUUCAGCGACCUCAUCAUCGACACCAAGAAGUCCACCGUGCACCGCAAGCACGAGACGUCCCGCAAAGAGGACGAGGACCAGUCCCGCUUACCUGCCCUGGAGGCCGCCUACACCAACAUCCUGCUGCACCUCGGCGAGGACACGCACCGCGAGGGGCUACUGCGCACGCCGUUGCGCGCCGCCAAGGCCAUACAGUUCCUCACCAAGGGCUACCAUGAGACCAUCGAUGACAUCCUAAACAACGCCAUAUUUGAUGAGGACCACGAUGAGAUGGUGAUCGUGAAGGACAUAGACAUGUUCUCACUGUGUGAACAUCACUUGGUGCCGUUUUUUGGAAAGGUUCACAUCGGGUAUAUUCCCAAUAAAAAAGUGGUGGGACUGAGCAAGCUGGCAAGGAUUGUGGAGAUCUUCAGUCGGAGGCUUCAAGUUCAAGAACGUCUGACCAAGCAGAUCGCUGUGGGAAUAUAUGAGGCUCUGCAGCCCAAAGGUGUAGCUGUGGUUAUUGAAGCAGCGCACAUGUGCAUGGUGAUGCGUGGCGUCCAGAAGAUGAACAGCCGCACGGUGACCAGCACCAUGCUGGGAGUUUACCUCGAGGACCCCAAAUCCCGGGAGGAGUUCCUGACUCUCUCCCAGCGCACCUAACAGAAGCCAUAGACCACUCACUCCCGAGCUUCUAUAUACAUUAGCACACGACAAGCUCUUAAACAACAGUGGAUCCGCAUCUGACUUUCCUUUACAAAAUAUUCUGACCAACAAAAGAGCAUAUAAAGGUGCAGUCAGAUGUGGGAUCUCCAGCUCUGCAGCUAACCUCGAUACACUGAUGCCUGAGAGAUUUUAGUGCUGCUGCUGAAAUCCAUUAGUUCAGCUCAAUGUGAACACGACAGACUCACUUCCAUAGUGCCUUUGCUAGAUACUUUACAGUUAUACAUGGCAAUAUUGUCGUUUUAACCGUAUGAGUGCAAUAUUGUAACGUGACAAUACUUACAAUUUGAAUUUUUGUUUUUGUUCUUUGAUGAAAAUUUUAUUGGUGCUUUUGCGAAGUGGUGCUUCUACACCUUUCUUUGCAUUAUUGUGUUAAGAAUCCCAUCAUUUUAAUAAUUCACCAAGCUGUGUUGUCAUUUAUAAACGCAUUUUUAAAGUCUUUGUAUUAUAUGACCUUUGAAAUUGAAAGAUGAUAUCUGUAGUCCAACAAUGUUUGAUCAGUGACCACUGUAUCAUAUAUGAUGAAGAAUCUUUGCUUAAAUAAAAUGAUAUCAACGUUAUGAAA